AAACUGGCUGUGCUGGGUCUGCCUUGGGAAACGACCGAGGACACUCUGAAAGCGUACUUCUCCCAAUACGGAACGCUCGAGUGUGCCGAGGUUAUGAAGGACCGGUACACUGGCAAAAGCCGCGGCUUUGGCUUCGUGACUUUCAUAGAUCCAGCAUCGGCAACGCGAGCUCUUUCUGUUGAGCACACAAUUGACGGCCGUCGCUGUGAAGCCAAGGUUGCGUUGCCCAAGGGGGAGCCGUCGCCGCCACGCACCACGCGAAUCUUUGUGGCGCGCAUUCCCCCCUCCGUGACCGAGUCCCAAUUCAAGCAAUACUUCGAGGGGUUUGGCAAGCUCCAGGAUGCGUAUAUGCCCAAGGACCAUUCAAAGCAGGGGUACCGCGGGAUUGGGUUCGUCACAUUCGCAUCACCGGACUCCGUGGAGAAGGUCAUGGCGGUCAAACACUGGAUGAACGGGCACGAAAUCGCCAUCGACCGCGCCACCCCUAAAGAAGAGCCGGCGGCGCUCAAGAACAUCUUUGCGCGACUGCCGAUGGGACCUGGACAGCGGCGGUCGUUUGAUAAUGAGGCGGGGGGGGGGCUGGCUAGGUUUGGGGGUGGUUCGUGGGAUGUGUUAGGGGCGGAGUAUGGGCACGGUGCUGGUGGGGCCGGUCCUCGCAUCUUCAUCGGCAAGCUCACCAAGGACACCGGCGAGGCCGACGUGAAGGAGUACUUCAUGCGCUUCGGCUACGUUAUGGACGUGUACCUGCCCAAGGCAAAGGACAACAAGGCCGAGCACCGCGGCUUCGGUUUCGUUACCUUUGAGACGGACGCGGCCAUCCAGCGCGUCGUAAGCCAUGGGCAGCACCGCCUGAAGGGGUCCACCAUCGCCAUCGACAUCGCGAUGCCGAAGGUAGGUUGCAGUGGUGGG